CCUCCCCUCCCCGCCUCGCCGCGGCCGCAGGGCUCUGCCGCCGCCAUCGGGCAGCAAGCGCGGGAGGCCGGGCCGCCGCCGCGGCCAUGGCGACGGACGCCAGGUGCGAGGUGCCAGGUGGUCCUCUGACCCCCCUUCUGACUUCAUUUUUCUGCAAGAAGGGGAGCACCAGAUAUUCUAGAAGCCAGAAACAGAAUUUUGCACUAAUUAAUAAAUUGUUGGGAAGAGCUCCGGUUUCACUGCAGAGACCUCUUGCAGACAGAGACAGUGGGAAUGGAUUUGUCCUGAAUGCUGGGGAGAAAUAACCCUUCUUCUACUGAGAAUCAAAUCUACAUCCAAAAUGCACAUUCAAAGCAGCAGUUGUGUGGAUAGUGAAAGCAGGAUGUGAUCUCACAUUACUCCUGAGGCCACUGGGGGUUUUUUUGCAGUUGGAAUCUUCAUUAUCCUCCCAGCAGUCCUCUUCCACUUCAUCAACCAGAAGUUCUGCUUUGAAAAGAGAGGUUGGAUCCCAUGCCUGGAACAUCAAGGGGGAAGAAAACACUACAGAGAAAAGUCCAGAGUUCAUGAGGGCCUCGGUCUAUUGACAGCUGUAACCAGAAUGUGUGCGCUUCAGAAGAGCUCCCUGAAUUAUAAGUGACAUGCUGGCAAAGCUGAACAACUGAUCACCAGAUACUGGCAUAGUGUUAAACAUGGCUUCUGAGGCUGCUCAGAAUUUCCUUCAGCCACUGUCUUCUUGGAUGUCUCAAAUAUAUGAAGCUAUCCAACAAGCAGGAGACUCUAUAUCUGCUUCACUGCUGAAUUUGAGUGGAGUGGGUCGUAAGUCAGAAGAAGAGAGGAACCGGGACUUGGAGAAUAAUGGAGGAGUUUAUGAGGAUUAUUCUGAGGAAUCAGAUGAUGAACGACACCUGGACCUCUGGGAUGAGGAAUACUUGUAUCCUAGAGAAGAUGGUUACAUUGGGGGUCCUGAUCUUACUUCACAAGACCUCCCUCAUGGCUUUGACAUGGGUUUGCAGAGGCAAAAGCGGGUUAAAAAUACCAGCAGCUUACCCGAGCAGUGUGUUGAAAGCACCAGGUCUUUGACAGCCAAUGGAUCCUACUGGAUGAGUGAAGACCUCCAGCCGCUUGAUUGGCUUCCUCCCAUCGCUGAGGAAGAAGGUGAGCCCUCUGUGAGGAUGGGAGGUCAUGAGGACAACCUCAGCUUGGGUGGCUCCUUAAAAAGAAGUAACAGCAAGGGAAGUUUUGCAGAUCUGGAUGGACUAAGCCAACUGAGUUACCAAGACAACCUAUUGUAUCGUGAAGAUGACCAUGCAUCCAUUGAUUCAAGAAUAACAACUGAGAGUAGGGGCACUGGACAGCGUACAGGGCCAAGGAUGGUGUCCAGCAUUGCCGAUGGCAUUAGCCAGCAAGCGAUGGAAGGACAUUUGGAAAUGGAGACAACAUUUACCAACCAGGGAUUUGAAAUAAAUGAUGCUACUGACAGCUCAUCGGCCUGGAGCCCUGAGGAACAUGAUGAAGUGAACAGUGUACCAGCUCAUCGUGCUGCUCAUGAGCCCAUCUGUAAAUGUGGUGAUCUAGAUGUCAUCUUCAACUAUAAAGCCUCAAGUCAAAAGCUAGUAGUUACUAUCUUGGAGGCCAGGGAUAUCCCAGACAAAGACCGCAGUGGUGUGAACACCUGGCAAGUGCACACAGUCCUGAUGCCUAGCAAGAAACAGAGGGGUAAGACAAGUGUUCAGAGAGGACCCAUCCCCGUCUUCAAGGAUAAAAUUACCUUUAGUAAACUGGAGCCAGAGGAGUUAAGCAGCCAUGCCAUUCGUUUCCGCCUCUAUGCGGUGCACAAGAUGAUUGGAGAGAAGAUGAUGGGAGAGCAGUUGUUCUACCUGAGCAACAUCAGCCAGAAAGGGGAAGCGAAAGUGACACUGAUCUUGGAGCCAAGGAGUAAUUUGAGUAGUGCAGACUCUCAGCUUAGUCUGUCAGGAAUCUCUCACAGUGAUAGCGCUUCUUCAACACAGUCCCUGUCGCAUGGAGGGGUGCCAGAGCUGCUCGUGGGAUUGUCGUACAAUGCCACUACGGGGCGGCUGUCAGUGGAGAUGAUCAAAGGCAGUCAUUUCCGAAACCUCGCAAUUAAUAGGCCACCUGACACCUAUGGAAAACUCUGCCUGCUCAACUCCAUGGGCCAGGAGAUGUCUCGCUGCAAGACCUCCAUCCGUCGAGGACAGCCCAACCCUGUCUACAAGGAAACUUUCAUCUUCCAGGUUGCCCUCUUCCAGCUCUCUGAUGUCACGCUAAUGAUCUCCAUAUACAACAGACGCAGCAUGAAGCGCAAAGAGAUGAUUGGCUGGAUUUCUAUGGGUCAGAACAGCAGCGGAGAGGAAGAGCAAAGUCAUUGGCAGGAAAUGAAGGAGUCGAAGGGGACGCAGGUCUGCCGGUGGCACACGCUACUGGAGUCCUAGUGGUUACCAGGGCAGCCUGCAGGUCCUGGGACCGUGGGCUGUCUUCCCUUGUUCUCAGUCAGCAGAAAACAGCCAUCCCAUGGCAGGCACCGUGCUCUGACAGGUUACGUACGCUUUAACCUGACUUUUCAGUGUCAGCAGGCAUGGGUAUUAAAGGUGGCGAGGCCUGGGAAGCAAUUUAUUUCUUAUCUUUCCAGGUUGUCCUGCAUUUUCUACAUUCAAAUAAUUAACCCUAGGGAAAAGCAGUGGGAAAACUUAAAAAAACCUCUCCUUGGCCAUUGUCUCACUCAUUUUGUCAUAGGCUUAAUCAUCACAGACUGAUUUUGAUGCUGUUUUCUUCUGGGGUAAACUCUUCCCUCCUUCCCCUUAUUUAUAUUAAUGAAGGUUGCAAAUAUUCUUGACAUGCAGAUAGCUCACAGAUAGGCUAACCCGCAUGCAGAUCACAUUCUCUCUCUUUUAUUAUCGUGUUUCUCAGUCCUAGAAAUAAGCACUUGAUACCACUGUAGACUGGAUGAUACAUUUUUCAGGCAGCAUGGGAAAGCAUCUUGAAUUCUCUGACAACUUUUAAGUGCCUAGACAGUACUACUGUUCUCCUGUACUAACAAUCGGUAUUAGGACUAAACACUACUGGUAUUUUUAAUUAGGCAUCCUGUGCACUUGUUAGCCUGCAUUGCCAUAGGUUUGCACGACAGAUAGCUAGCAUCAGUUUUAUAUUGCAAUUAUACAAUGCAUGUUUAGAAGCUUACUUGAAGUUCAUGGCUUCUGUCUUCAUGAAUACCAAAAAAGACCAGAACAAGCUGCACAUCCACCUUUGUGCCUGAAUCACUCUUUUCUGCGUCAUUGUUUUGCCCAUGUGUUACUUUGUUUUUUAAAAGUGAGGUUUAUUCAGAAAAGCAUUUCUGUGAGCAUUACACAGGAAGGCUUUAGAUCCGUGACUUCUCUGCAAUUCAGUUAAGCACAAGUCAGUUUGCUGAGGGCUCUUCUUCAAAUAUUCUAUCCUGUAAUAUCUUCUCGGGAUCUGAAAGGGGACUUUUUUUGGCACACUAGCGGUAGAGGAUGCCAGACCAUGUCAUCUCAUCUUCGGAGCGAGCUCUCCGGCAGGCAAGGAAUAGGAUCCAGGGGCCCCCCCCAGCGGGGCUGCUGGCUCUGCUGAACUAACACCAGAGAAAAUACUGUGCUUCCUGCCUCUGACUGAACACAAUGCAAGGAGCAGGCUUGCUGGAUGAGGUGAUGACACUUUUAUGUAGUUACUUUUCAGACUGUAUUGUCGUUUUCCAUUUUAAUCUUUUUUCCCGUCUCUACGAGUUGAAGUCGUGGAGGCGAUGGAUAGGGGACAUGUCUUAAUCUGCUACUUGACUAUUGAAGGUUUAGCAGUUGUUAGCUGUUGCGAUGCUGUGUGUGACACCGCAGAGGAUGUUAAUUGUCUAGUGUAGUGAUGGUACGUAGGCAGCAGGGUGCUGAGACCUUCAAAUACUAUCAGCUGCCCUGUCUCCUGUUCCCCACGCUCUCCAAGAGAGGACUGGCAUUUCCCCAUUGCUGCUGAUGAUAGCAAGACACGGGAAAUGUUUCACUGAAAAGGUUUGUCUGUACUGAAUCACUUUGUGUUUUGUUUUUGUCAUUUACUGAGACCUGGCACCAAAUUCUGCCUCCUACUGCACCACAGCCGUCUCCUUCCCUUCAACGGUGCUGUGCAAAUCUAACUAGUGCAAAUUUUGGCACUGGCUGUUCGACCAAAAUUGAACCUCGGUGCUGGUUUGCAUCACAUGCAGGCUAGCCAGGCCCCGCGGGGCAGCGGUGUGAUACACAUGGGUUAUCGCUUCGUGUGAUACACACAGGCUUUGUCUGUCCUCACGAGGCAGACAGAAUAAUCUGCCUGUAGAAGGACUUCUGGUAUAGGUGAUACAAAUUACCUACCGGCCAUGGUUUUAUAUAUUCUUAUCACUUACCUGUCUGAGCAUCAUUUUUCUGGUGAGACCGGUGGGUAUCCUAUGCAGGAGGGUUGUCCUCCACUGCCUAGAUAAGCUGGCAUAAUAUCUGCUUUGCACUACCGGGGCUGUGUAUCACAAAGCAGGAUCUAACCCAAAUACAGCUCAGCAAACAAAUACUUUUUUGACUGCACUGUUAAUGCUGCUGUAUUACCAAUGUGAGAGAAAAUGAGCCUUUGAGUGGUAACCAGCAGAAUAGAAAUGGUUUUUUAUCAUGUUCUUUUCUUCUAGGAAAAAAGUAAAGGAAACAGCCCAAUUCAAAAGGUGCGUUUGCUGAUUUCAGUUGUUUUCCAAUCUCUGCAUCUUUUUUCCUGAACUGUGUAAAAUGUAUAUACAAGUGUUUAUAAGUAAUUUUAUUAUCUGGGAUGUGUAUGUAUAAUAAACUUAAUGAGAUUCUCUGCAUAACUUCUUGAACCUGCAAAGUGUUGCUUAUGCUUAAUGAUUAGCUAAGGGAAAAGUAUAAGUUGAUAAUAUGUUUCAGCAGUGAACUGGAGAUAACCCAGACUUAUAACAGUGUGAUUAAAAAAAAAAUUCUUGGAAAAGAUAAUUUUAAAAAAACCAAUGAAGUAAACUGGUUUUGGACUUCCAUGCUGUUUUCACGUCAAGAUCUUUUCUGAAGAUACAACAUUAAUGGAAUUGAAUUUUAAUAUAUAAUUUCAGUGUACUGGGAGUCACAGGAAAGCAAGUGAAAAUAGCUUAAAUAGAGUAAGUUAAUAUCUGAGUACGUGUUAAAACUUUGCUCUCAGAUGGAAGCAGGUUGCUUCAUCCUUGUGACAACAUUUUGGCCUGAUAUUUUACCAGAAAA